CGUCCAUGACACUCCCGCGGGUGGGUGUGCGACCGCAACCUCGCAUCUCUACCUCAUGCAACUUCUUGAGGCAACAUAGGCUUGUCAGGCUAUCGCGCACCUUCGCCAACAUCAGCGGGUCUGAUCGUCUGCCUCUCGAUGGCCACCAUGUCUUGACUACGCGUCCGGUUCCCGAGGCUCCUGACUCGCUCGCUUCUUCCCCGCAAGCUUUCCUCGAGUACCUACGCUCGCCCACCGCCGCCCCGCUGCUUUUGCGCGCCCACACGCGCCCACAAAACCUUCCCGCCGCUUGCAGUCGGGCCGAAACACUGUUAGGCACACUGCGAGCCGCGGGCGAUCGGCUUGUAGAAGUCGAGGUCGGACGGUACGACAAAGCUACUACGGAUAGCUUGGGUACGGGCGGUCGGGUGGACGCGCCGUUAAGCGUGUAUUUGGAGUGGUUGACUGGGGCGCAAGGGGCAGGUGCUGUGGAGGGUGAACGCAUGCAGUUGUACCUCGCGCAGUGGAGGGCGCGGGAUGAGGUUCCUGGAUUGGCGGAGGUUGUGCAAGUCCCGUCUCUCCUCGACCCGCUUCUCGAGAACCAUGUUGUAGACUUGUACCAGUCCAGCUUCUUUAUCGGCCCUUCUUCCACGAUCACUCCGCUGCAUUAUGACCCGUACUUCAAUCUGUACAACGUCUACGCGUCCUCGGACCCGAGCGUACACGCGAAGCACUUCGUGCUGCUCCCGCCUGACCUGUCGGAGUCCCUAUCGCGCGCGGACGGGUCAGUGCUGCGCAACACAUCUCCCGUGGAUCUGCACCUCCGCGCUGACUCGUCUGAGAAUGCGUUCGACGUCCUGAUCGAUCCGUCCACCGCGCCCGUAAACACAAGGGAGGCUCUUUCCGAGUCAGGAGGGGCUAUGAGCUGCGUCCUGCGCGAGGGAGACACGCUCUUUGUGCCGCGCAAGUGGUGGCAUCGCGUCGAGAACGUCCGGUUGCAAGACACGGCGACCCCUGGGUGGACCGCGGGCGUUGGCUGGUGGUUUCUGCCGCGGAAUUCCUGAGAGAACAGAUCGAUGCUCGCUUGCAGGCUUCACUUACGAGAGGGCGUGGUGACCUGGGCACGCGUAGGUUGUUUCGUUCUAGGCGCGUGCGCGUGGCCGGACAACGGCCUGCAUUCACGUUCGCAGUGUCGAUGGCCGCGUCACCCUAGGCACGGUGGUACGAUCCACUAUCCACCACGAUGGACAGGGCACAGGGGAGGGAAGGCGUGCCCUCCUGCCAUUUGUCGAUGGCACAACGUGUCGAGCACUGGUACGGACACCAUCGAUUCCGAGUACGGGGUAGCGAUCCGCGGGGACUGUUAAUGUGGACGCGCCUCGUUGCACGCGGGCUGUAUAUGUAGACUCAUAUAUAGAAAGCGACCGCUCUUUGUC